UCAAGAAUCAAUUCCCCGCUGAAAUAUUUAGCAUGAGUUUACUUUUAAAGGGGGAAUGUAAGGUUUAUUCCACCAGUUACAAGAGAAGAGACCUGCAGACAGGACAGGAGACAUUUCACCUUCUGAGAAGAGAUGCCUGUAAACUACUCAUCAAUUGCUCCAUCGCUAAGCAAUCUCCUAGAAGUUAGAACCACCACAUGUUUCUUAGAAUUUAUGAUAUCAUGUCAUAUAUUCCCCGCAGAGAACGGAACACUGCGGUGCACUCCCCUUAAUUAAAACAAAGCAGGGAUUAAUUGAUGGGGAGUGAAUGCAACAUCAACAAACGCUGUUAUGAUAUUAGCAUGUCAAAGAGGACUAGAAAGUCAUUUCAUUAUAGUGUCCCAGUCCCAGAUGCCAAUCGAACUACUAGUGGAGAAAUCAUCCCUGCUCUUGAGAGCUUUCUGGAUGGCAAUGGAGGAGAUCAGAGUUCUCCCUCAAAAUCGAGAGUUGAAGAUGGUGAUCAAGACAAUGAUAAUCAUAAAAGCUUUAAGCAGCUGAUCGAUGGGGAUGAAAAAACAAAGCUGAUCAUCAAGUCGGGUGACCAAGGGAGCAGAGCAAGAAGUUCACUAGGUCAACACUUCACUGACGAAGAGAAGCACCUUCAACUGGUCAAGAAGCAGCAAAAAGCAGUGGGUUUACAAGGAGUGAAGCUGAAAAAAUUGGUGAGUCGUUGCGCCAAAGUUUUUAGACAUUUGGUCAAAGCCGAGAGCGAUCCAACCCUAAGAGAACCCAGGCAGGCUGUUCUUCGCUUAACUAUGUAAAGCAAUAAUCUUUAGUUGCUGUCAGCUGAAGUAUUUUCCGGAGGCUGGUCAUCUUCUGAUUACAAAUGCAACAUUAGUUUUGACCGUGGUCAAGACCUACAUAUUUGAGUCCUCUUUCAAAUCUUUACUGAAAUGCUUUGUCUUCUCUUCUACAUGUGUUCUAUAUAUGUAAUGUUGCGCAAUUAAGAGGUUAUUCUUUUCAGUUUUGUGUAGUCAGAAAU